AUGGCGUCUGACGACGUCCGCGAGACGGCGCGCCUGAUCGACGGCGCGUCGGGGGAGCGCAGUGGGACGGGACAGGGCGGGGCUCCGUUCGUGCGCGUCGGGCCCGGGGAGGGCGCGGCGCUGCGCGGGCCCCGCAUGAGGACGACCGUGAUGGUCAAUCUCGCGUCGGUGCUGGAGCGCGCGGACGAGCAGCUGCUGCCCGCCGUGUUCAAGUGGGUCGGGUGCAGCUUCCACGCUAGCCCGCGGCGGCUGUCGCUCAUCACGAUGUGCCGCGCGCUGAUGCAGGCCCUGGCCUCCCCCGUCGGCGGCUUCCUGGGGCACUGGGCGGACCGCACACGCGUCAUCGCGGCCGGGUGCUUCAUCUGGGGCACGUGCACACUGCUCUUCUCCCUCGCGUCCUCCGUGCCAGUGGGCAUGUUCGUGUGGGCAUGGAACGGCAUCGGGCUGUCGAUGGUGAUCCCGAGCACGCAGUCGCUCGUGGCGGACUAUUACAGCGACAGCACACGUGGCCGUGCUUUUGGGCUGCUGUACCUCACCGGCUCUAUCGGGGGCAUGCUCGGCGCGGUCUUCGCCACCAACACAUCCUCCCUGGGCACAGUCCUGGGGGUGGAAGGGUGGCGCAUGGCGUUCCGGGGCGUCUCGCUGUUUGCCAUCUUGACGGGCAUCGGGACGCUCGCGUUCGCCGUGGACCCGAGCGUCCUGCAGCGCGCCGCGCAGAAGCCGUCCGGGGCAGUGCCUGCACCGGGGAGCGAGGCCGAGGGCGGGAGCGCCCACGCGGCGUCCGCAGCGCUGCUGUCGUCGGCGCGGCACCGCAAGACCGACUCGAUCAGCGACGGGCCGGAGGUGUCGGAGCGUGGCGCCGACGCCGGCGGGGACGGGAGCGCGGUCGGGCCGAUCGCGGCGCACGUCCCCAAGGGGGGACACUCCUGCGCGGAGGUGGUGGCGGAGCUGCGAACGGUGAUGCUGGUGCCGACCUUCGUCAUCAUCAUCCUGCAGGGCAUUGUCGGGAGCACGCCGUGGAACGCGCUCGUGUUCAUGACGCUCUAUUUCCAGCUCAUAGGCAUGUCCGACAUGGCGGCCUCGGUGUGCGUCAUCGCGUUCCUGGCCGGAGCAAGCGCCGGCGGCCUGCUCGGAGGCGUCCUGGGCGACCUCGCAGCCACGCGCUAUCCACGACACGGCAGGGUCGUCGUCGCGCAGAUUUCCGUCUUCCUGGGCAUCCCCUUUUCGUUUCUGAUUCUCAAGGGCCUCCCGCCGAUCCCGGAGCCCCCCGCGUCUCCUGACGCCACCGUCGCGGUCUACAUCGUCUCCCUCGUGGUGUUCGGGCUGGUGCACACGUGGACCGCGCCCGGAUGCAACAACCCCGUGUUCGCGGAGAUCGUCCCCGCGCGGCUGCGCAACCUCAUCUACGCCUUCGACCGCAGCUUCGAGGGCGCCCUCGCCGCGCUCGGAGCGCCCGUGGUCGGCGCUCUCGCAGAGCUGUACGGCUUCAGAGGCGACGCGUCCACGGGCGACUGCAAGCCCCACGACGACCCGGGCGCCCCCGACGUCGGCGCAGCAGUCCCUGCUCCACGCAACCUGCACAGCGCCCUGGUCAGCGCCGCGGGGGACGCGGUGCGCGCAGCGCUCACCGACGCACCACAGGACACGACGCCGGCGCCGACAGACGACGGCGGCGGCGCGUCGACGCGCGAGGAGGAUUUGGAGAAGGCUGCAGCGCUGGGGAGCGCAAUGUUGAUCUGCAUGGUCGUGCCCUGGACAAUGUGCUUCUUGAUUUAUACCGGGCUGCACUUCACGUACCCGAAGGACCGGCAGCGGGCGCGCGAGGCGGACGAGCGCGACCACCUUGCUGCGCUGGAGGCCGCUGCGCGCCACAGGAGGGCCCCGGCGCAGUGA